UCCUCCCCCGAAGUCAAAUAUGUUGAAGACAUGACUCAGUCCCUCCCAGAGCGUCCCGAGUCUCCAACAAGUCCUGAUGUUCGCGGCUGUAACGUUCCUCCUCCUUGUGGGCCAAGCCUGGAGCCAGGUUCCAGACCAAGUCCUGGUACCAGGCGGAACUGGUGCUAAUGCCGUGGAGUUUGUAUCUAACCUCAUCCGAGACUCAUGCCUCUUCAAGGAUGACCUGUUGUUCCUCAGACGCCUGGCCUAUGUGGCGUCCCAUGAUGGGACAGACGCCAAUACCUACAGAGCUGGCUACGAUGGCGGAAUCUGGCAGAUUGACCAGGACAAAUUCAACCAGAUCAAGAGCUCGGCCUCAAGCACUGACCUGAUCGGUAAAGUCCGGUCUCUGUUCAACAUCGACUGGAGCACGGUUCAGUGGUCAGAUCUCAGAAAGCCUCUGUACUCCGGGCUCGCUGCUGCUCUCUACCUGUCUACCAUUACCGAGUCCCUCCCUCAGGGUGUGGAGAAUCAAGGCUCUUUCUACAAGAAAUACUUCCGCGAUGACCCCCAUUCUCCACACAAUUUCUACACCGCUUCUAAACAACUUGAUUCCAGAACCCGGUCUGCGAGCAGUGCAGCCCCAGUGUCAUGUCUCGACGCCCUGUCGGGGAGAACGGCGUACUUAGUGUUAAAUCCAUACACCCUGACGGUCAGCUGCCCAGCCGGUUCCGUCGCAUACAUGCCAGACACCACCGACCAGACAAAAUUUGUGUUGUGCAGAGCCAGUCUCCCAACGCUCUUCUUCCAGUGUCUCCCCCAUUACAUCUACAGCCGCGACCCCAACGUCAACUCCUGCGUCCGCGGGGAAGUAAUCCCACCCACAACUGCACGGCCCCUGGUCACCGAAAAGCCUGUCCCCCACCCGACCAUGCCCGACCAUUCUUUUAACCCCUGCGGGAAUUCUGACCGUGAUAGAAUUUUCUACCGUGCCCAUCCCACAGAUGUGCAUAAGUAUUACCAUUGUGAUGAGGUCGGCAAUGCUUUCUUGAAGGUAUGCCCCGAUGGUAAGCUGUGGCAUCAGGAGUACCUGCAGUGCCUUCCCCAGGGACUGUUGAUUGGUUGAUUGUUCACACAGUGACUGAGCCAGGGACUGUUGAUUUGUUGAUUGUUCACACAGUGCCUGAGUCAGGGACUGUUGAUUGGUUGAUUGUU